ACUAAAUACUUUUUGCCCCACUGUACAUCAGUCAGGCACUAGUGGUCCUCUCUCAUUGACAUGUGUUGGGUACAUCUAUCAUAGGAUGUUAGGGGUGGGGGUCACCAUGUUUUUUCACACUGUCUCAUCUUUGCACUGCCAGCCACAUUACGUUAGCAUAAUGUUCUCAUAACUCUGCAGUGACACUAUGUUCACUGGUUUGACCUUCUGAGGCACACAUCCCAUCCCUCACACAUGCUCCUUGAUUGCCAGAUGGUGUACUCAUGGUUAUAGAUGCUAAUUAUCCUGAUGUACGGGAAUAUGACACUGUCGUUAGAACUGGUUUGGCCAGGCAGGGCUGGGAACAGCAACUAAUCCAGACCAACACCAUAUCCAUAUCAUAAUGUGAAAACCUGAGAAGGGAGGGAAGAGGAGGGGAGAGAAAUGCAGUCAGAGGAAACUCAACUCUGUCAUAGUGUAAGGAUGAGUACAGACAGAGAUUGGGAGGGAGGAGAGAGCGGGAGAGCUCUCAAAGUCACAUUCACAUUGCAGAUAAACACACACCCUCAUUUAUUCAGGUGUAGACGUCAGAUAUAACAGGAGUGAAAUAUGUUCACAUUUAACAGCGAACAUCCUCACUCUAAAUUCUGUGAUUUGAAGCUAUGCAGUGUAACUCAAGGGAGUGGUUGACGAACGUAUAGUUUUUUUUAUUACCAGGACAUUGUCACAUACCGUAGAUCAAUGUUAGAACAUGUCAUAUCUAUUUCUACAUCCAGGAUGUUUAUAAAUACAAGGUAGUGCGUAGAGGCUGGUGUGUCCCUGGCGCUCUGUUACAAAACCCCCUCCAACCUGCACUGCAGAACUUUCUCUGAUCUCCACAAGCACUAUGGCAAAAGUGCCUGCGUCUGCAUUCACAGUCAGGAGAGGGGAGGGGGAGAGAGAGAGGGAGGCAGACGGGGAGGGGGGUUAAGAGGAGGCUACGAAAGAGAGAGAGAGAGAAAGAGAGAGGGACAGACAGGCACUGAGCCAAGAGAGAGAUUGUGCAGGGGAAAGUUGAGAGCGAGCCAGAGGGGCAGGCUUGCAGGCAAAGGGAAGAAGAAACUGGGGCUCUGCUAUCCAGGAAGAAGAGAAAGGACCGUCAGAACCAGCAGCCACCAGCCACCAGGGUUACUGCAGCAGCACUCCUCCUGUCCAUUCUCUACCUUGUUCUCUCUUCGCUCUCUUCUCUCACUCUCUCCCCCCUCCUCUUUCUCUCUCUCUUUUUCUCUUCUCUCUCGCUCUCUCUCUCUUCUCCCUCUCCUUUCUCUUCUCCCCCCCCCCCCCUCUCACUGACUGGGACUGCAUCGUGCCUUUCUCUGCAGAGGAAUCGCUGGCUGGUGGAAUCUCCUUGACUGCACCCUGACUGGCUGUGCGCAGUGAUUCUCCCCUGGCUCAGCUCCUCUGCUCUGCCGUGUGUUCUGACUCAGCUGUGCUGUGUAGUCAGGCUGCUGGUCCGGCUUCUCAGGGAAUACAGCCACAGGAAGAGUCUUCAUGACAGGAGUGUUGGUGGUUGGCAGGCAGACGCACCGCUACCAGGACUGGAUAACAACACAGUGGGACGUGGUGCCUCGGUUGUGACCAGAUCAGUCGCACAGGCACAACAAACAACCAGACCAGGGGGAUUCAGGUUUACACAGACCUGACCAGUUUCUGAGGGGAUAACUCCAGCCCAACGGACCCUGGGCUGGAUCCCACAGCAGGGGGUGUUUUGGACGGGAUCGGAGUGCCAUGGAGGUUCAGGAGAGUGGGCCUGAGGAGCCCAGGUCCAAGUAUCUGUUGUCCUCACACACCACCUGGCCCCGGACCAGCCUGAUCAUCACUUUGCUGCUCAGUGUGUGGUCUGCUCAGGGCCUGGAGAUGUCCACAGGGAAGGUCCCGUUCCUGGAGGCGUUGAAUGGCAGUACUGUGAUUCUACCCUGCACCUACGCCAGCUGUAUCGGCAUCAAAAACCUCUACUUCAACUGGCAGUACAACGACAACGGCACUAUGCAGAAGGUGUGUGAGUCUGUGAUUCCGUUAGACGGGAUGGAUCCCCAUCCAGUGAGUAUCUUCCGGGAGCGGGUGGAUUUUAUCGGCACCGGUGAUCACAACAACAUCUCCAUCCUGCUUUGGAACAUCACCUUUGAGGACGAGGGCCAGUACACCUGCUUCGGACGCAACCCCAAAGAGAAGGGCAAGAACCACAGCGCUAUCUUUACCCUUGUCGUGGUGGACGAGUUACGAGUGGUGGACAACACUCUCACCAUCAUAAUUGCUUCUGCAGUGGGCGGAGCCAUCGCCCUGCUGAUGACUUUCAUGCUGGUGAAGAACUUCAUCCUCUUCGUUCUCUUCAAAAUCGAGGAGAAGAAAAAGAUCGAGUGCCUUGUACAAUCUUCCUCAGCAGAUGAAACAAACAAUGUCUCAGGAUCCAAAACUUCGAAACCAACGACACCAAAGAAGAAAUGAGAGUACUUGCAUGUAUGUACAACCAUAUAUAAAUAUACAGUUAUAUCUAUGCAUAUAUUUACAUGCACAAACAUGUGUAUGCACUCGUGACUCCAUGGGCAGGUUUCUUGGGCAGGUUUUUUGGACUGAGAAGCACGUCUGAUGGAGAUUCUUCAUUGAAAGUGUUUGUUAGUCCAAUAAGCUUAGGCUGUGUCUGGGAAACCACCCCCAUAUGUUCAAGUUGGUAUAUUGUUUAAAAAAAAAUCUUAAACCUAGGACCGUUUUUCAUAUGAUAAUAAAAAACACAAAAAGUGAUUAAUUGAAUAUACGCUUGAGACAGGGAAUAACGCAAUGUAAUAAUGUUGUUUAAACUGUGCUGGAUCCUCCUCUUUUCACCAACCGUACUACUCUUGGCUUAACUGAAACGGUCUACAAAUUAAAAUAUUGUGUUUUGUAGAAACACACAGUCUAAUUCAAUCUCCAGUGACAUUUUGCCACGUCAGAUUCAGCUUAUUCAGUAAUGCUCUGAUUCACAUAGAGUUGAGUUUAGUGUUGUUUAGAUAGAAUACAAUGAUAUUAACUCUGCCUAUCCAAAAGUGAUUAAUUAAGCUUAUUUUAUAAUAUUUAGAAACUAAGGUCUUUAAAAGGGUGAUGCUGUGGUGAGACGUGAGAAAGGAUCCAGUUCAGAACUUAAUACACAUUCUUUGCUUGAUAUAAAGCACUGGUGCCUGUUAGCGCUUCUAUCUUCCUCUGCUGAUAGGAAGACUAAAUACUGCAAAACCAUUUACCAAACGCAGAAAAACGCAAGUGAAUAAUACUGCAAGCUGAUGAAUGAAAUUAUAGACAAUCCCUUGAAACCAACCCACUAGAAAAAAAAUGAACCUCUACUAAUGCUGCUUUUAAGACAAAUAACCUUUUUAAUGCAUUUAUAAGCAUGUGAAACCCCAGGGCAGAUUUAGAGACACAAUGCUUGACAAUAGACAUGUACUCUCUCUUGUGUUCCUUUCCGGAAUCCAAGAUUUAACCACAUAUAAUGUGGUAAGUUCUGUCUGCUUUGAACCUGGAUCUAAAUCUCCUCAUAUCAUGCCAAACCCUGCUACAUCCAGUGUGCCAAGGCUAUGCACACUAUUUGGUAAAGUGGGUCUUCUGGCAUGAACAUUAACCCCCCCCCCCAACAGAAAUAUCCGCCACAUUUCUUAUAGUAAGUAAUUUACAAAUGGAUCUCUCUUUGCUGUACAGAGCACAUACACACACAUUCAUGUUUUUACACACUGCAAUAAGUACUCAGCAGAAUUUAUGAUGGUUCAUUCAUGGCUCAUGAUUCAACACAAAUUCACCAUCUGCAAAAAAACAGAUAUCGAUCAGCUACAGUCAUUACGGAAACCUCCACUAACUACACCAUAAAGAGAUGCAUGGAGCAGCAUUUAGGUUGCAGGUAGCGUGAAAGACUGGAACCGAUCUUUACUAGACAGUGUAGAAUAGACACACAACUAAUAUCUCAUAUUCAGCCCAUUUAUUUUGCCAAACUGGGAUAACCCUGAGAAACCCACGUCUGAUCAGGAAUGGACUGGGAUAACCCUGAGAAACCCAUGUCUGAUCAGGAAUGGACUGGGAUAACCCUGAGAAACCCACGUCUGAUCAGGAAUGGACUAGGAUAACCCUGAGAAACCCAUGUCUGAUCAGGAAUGGACUGGGAGAAAAUCCAUAUCUGAUCAGGAAUGGAAUGUCAUUGACUAGCAAUGGAAACACAUUGCUAGUGAACUACAAUGUCAAGAUACAAUAGUUGUUUUGAAGAUACUUCCAGUGUGUGACAAAAUUGUGGAAAAACCAUGUUCAGGGAAGAAAUUCACGUCUAUGUCCAUUGUCCAGGACCUUGCUGAAUCUGUCAUUGUAUAAACAUAACAAAUAUACCUCCCUCAAUCACUUGCUGAACCUGUUUCUAAUGUGGACAACCCCUGGUGUUGCUGUUCCCAUAGCAUAGCCCUUCAAAUAAAUGCACUGGCUUGUAGCAAUAGCAGGAGGAUAUUUUGGGCACUUUACCGUAGAUAUGUAUAUUCUUCGGCUGUGCUAGACAUGUGUGUAAACAGAGAUGUGUUGUAUCGGUGGAGCAGUGAGUGAAUGAACCUAAAUGUAUAUUUAACAUGAGGGUAAAGUUGAAUGAAUGAUCUUUGCUGUCUUAGAUGAGAACAGACCGACACCAUGGUUUGGCCAUUGACAGUAGUACAUGUACUAUCUCUGGUUGGACAUGGCUUUGAGCUUGUGGCACUGAAUCCCUGGCUGAUUCAUACUCUCCUAAGAUAACAGUGAUACUAUGCAAACACAAACACCACUACGGAGAGGAAGACAUCCACGCACUGUAGGACAGGCUGCUGCAGUUCCCUCAAUGGGAUUUGCUUUCGCAAAGCUGCCCUGACAUCACAUCAACAUAACUAUACUGUAGCUACUGCAGGAUUCCAAUAAACCAUUUUGAGUUCCUUUUACUGUGAUAAUGUAAGCAAUAAAAAUGACAAGAGCAACAGUAAUCAAAGUGGCAUAUGAGAUAUGGAGUUGAUCCAGGGUAGAUGAGGAACAUAGGCUUAUAGUGCAAGGCUAUUCAGUCCUUGAGGUCUGCAGCACUGCUAGUUUUCAUUGUUUUUAAACGGAGACUGUCUGGUUCAGACCUGUGAAAUCACCUGUAUAGAGAUUCUGGCCAAUCAAUUAAGUACAAAGGAGAAGUACAUAGUGCAGACCUUUCUGCUCAGAUUUGAAUACUUAUUUUGCCUGUAAUGCACUGAUGUAUAAGCUUUCCCUUCUCACUCUGGGAAGCUAGCCUCUUUUUUCUGUUACUACAGUAUGUGGCCCUUUUUUGUCAAUGUUUGGAAGGCACAUAGUUGUAUCUUCUCUCAUGUCAAGUGUAGGUCUGUUGUGAUGUGUUAAAAGACCUUCAAAGGUUCCUGAAUGUUAGAACCUAUGGAGCUAUGCAAUAUACAGUGUAAUUUCAAGGAGCAACAUGUAAGAUGUAAGCCAUAAAUCCAAUUGCAUCAUGUUUUUUUUUUUAAAGGCGACUGCUUACAAAUGACAUAGUACAGCUUACCGUAUCACAAUCCGAAAAAGAUUUGUACUGCUAAUGUUCUUGCUAUUGUUGUCAACCUCACAAACGAGAACCAAUCGUAAUGCAGGAAGUUGUACACAACUAAUUUGCAGCGUCACGCAGCUUUCUAAAAAGUAGAUUUUAUUCUUGUGAUUCCUAUUCCUUUGCUUCUACUGGUAUGUAAUUGACAUUUGGCGCUAGUUGCAGGUGGAAAUGUUACAUGUAUAACCUCUAAACAAAGCCGAACUGUGAAAGUGACUCACGUGUUCUGUUGAAAUGCCCUUACACAGUUCUGGAUGACCUAGUACCAACUGUCUUCCUUGUUCCCUUUAUUUUGACAACUGUACUGAAAACUGGAUAGGUGAAGCAAAAGUUCAAUCUUUGUGGUUUGGAAAUUCUGAGAACACUUUGUUGUGCCAAGUUGUAGUCGCGGAAAUAGUGACCUCAUCCAUUAUUGCACUUAAGACAACAGAAUGUUUGAAUCUAUAAUGUACCCAGACAUUACUGACCCCUUAGUCCCACAUUCAUCUUCCAACUAAUAUGAAUGUACAGCCAUGUUUCUCCUAUUCCCUCAAAUGAUGCCUCCCAUGUAAUCUUUCCAUCAUGCAUAUCUGCUCAAAUAUUAUUUAUUAUAAAAAGCCACAAGAAUCCAAUAAACUUUUGUAUAUAACA